AUGGAAUCCACCAAGCUCUCUUGGAUCUGCUGCCCUAGCUUGAUAAUUGAAUACACAUCGCAGAUAUAUAGAUUAAUCAUCGAUACCAAUAUACUGACCGAUAAAGUGGAUCGAAAACAUGGGAAGAGGCCACUUCCUUCGAAUGAAUCGGAGAAGAAAGAGGAAGAGGUGGAGUAUCAUCGAAAUAUCUUCCCGGUUUACUCAAGUAGAUCUCAACAAGAUGAUUCUGCCAUGGUAUCGGCUCUAACUCAGGUGAUUGGAAACACUACUCAUGAACAAAAUCCGCUUCAAGUUAUUGAUCAUCAAGUUCUUGGAAACCCCCAAGUCUUUUCUGCAGAAAACCCUGUUGAGCAAUCUCAACCUGCAGUAGUUCUUCAAGCUCAAGGAAAUGUGAGACAACACUAUAGGGGAGUGAGGCGGAGGCCAUGGGGGAAGUGGGCAGCCGAGAUUCGUGAUCCACAUAAAGCAGCCAGAGUGUGGCUCGGGACUUUUGAAACCGCGGAGGCUGCUGCCCUUGCUUAUGAUGAAGCAGCUCUCAGAUUUAAAGGAAGCAAGGCUAAGCUUAACUUCCCCGAAAGAGUUCAAGGGAUCAGCCCUAGUACUUCUAGUGGUCUCUACCUUGCAAUAAGUACUAGUACCGGUCAUGAUCAUCGACUAGCCAAUUCAGCUCCUCCAGCUGCUCCAAUUUCUCGACCAACAACAUAUAGUAUUAAUCCAAAUAAUGUUAAUAUUGAUUAUGAUGCACUUGUAUCAUCGUCUCAAAACCACGGACAAGAAAGAACUAUGCCGCAGAUUAAUGUACAAACGACGUUGUCUUCUACAUCCUCGGCCUCUUCCAUGCCAUCUCAUCAUCAACAAGAACGAGUACAGCAGCAAGAAGAUCAGCAGCAGCUUUUAAAGUUUCCCAUUAUGCCAUUUGGCGGUUCGUCUUCGAGUUCAUCAGAUCCUCCUACUAAGUACAGGAGAGACUCCUCUGGGAGCGGUGACUUUAGAAGAUGAUAUAUAGUGGAUAUGCAUGAUCAUCCUAUAUAAGGAUGAAGGACUGUAAAAACUGUAUCAUGAUUCAUGAACGAGUACGAGUAUGUGUUCUUUUGAUGUUUUGUCUUCCUUUAUUCAUAUAUCACU